AUGAAUCAGAUCUUGCGCUGGCAGCACACGGGGCCGCAGCAGCUGGACUGGGAGCAGCCACAGGGGCCACAGCCCCCUUUGCCACAGCCGGAGCAGGAGCAGGCUGGCACACAGCUGCACACGGGCACACAGCAGCUGGAGCCGCAGCCCCCACACGAGCCACAGCCCCCCUUGGAGCCCCCACAGCUGGAGCCACAGCCCCCUUUGCCACAGCUGGAGCAGGAGCAGGCUGGCACACAGCUGCACACGGGCACACAGCAGCUGGAGCCGCAGCCUCCACAUGAGCCGCAGCCCCCCUUAGACCCCCCGCAGGAGCCGCAGCCCCCCUUGGAGCCCCCACAGCUGGAGCCACAGACCCCUUUGCCACAGCUGGAGCAAGAGCAGGCUGGCACACAGCAGCACACGGGCACGCAGCAGCUGGAGCCGCAGCCAGAGCCACAGCCCCCACAGGAGCCGCAGCCCCCCUUAGACCCCCCGCAGGAAACACAGCCCCCCUUGGAGCCCCCACAGGAGCCGCAGCCCCCCUUGGAGCCCCCACAGCUGGAGCCACAGCCCCCUUUGCCACAGCUGGAGCAGGAGCAGGCUGGCACACAGCAGCACACGGGCUGGCAGCAGCUGGAGCCACAGCCUCCACAGGAGCCGCAGCCCCCCUUAGACCCCCCGCAGGAGCUGCAGCCCCCUUUGCCACAGCUGGAGCAGGAGCAGGCUGGCACACAGCAGCACACGGGCUUGCAGCAGCAGACGGGCACACAGCAGCUGGAGCCGCAGCCCCCACAGCUGGAGCCGCAGCCCCCGGAACAGCCAGAGCAGCCCAUGGUUCUGGUGGGUUGA